AUGCCUCUUCGCGGGAAAAAGCUUCAUGUCUUGGAAGUAGGCUCCUUCGAAGGCGCCUCGACAACAUGGAUCCUUGACAACCUUAUGGACCAUGCCGAGUCAACAAUGACCGUUAUCGACACAUUCGAGGGUGGCAUGGAACAUCAAGCCGCCGAGAAUGCGCAGAAAUACAACAUGAGUACGCUUGAAAGCCGUUUCCGAGCGAACGUGGCGAAAUGCGAGCAUGUGAACAAAUUACGCGUGAUGAAGGCACGCAGUGAUAACGCCUUACUGGCCUUGAGGCAAGAGUCUGCGCAUUUUGACUUUGUCUAUGUCGACGCCUCACAUGUAGCCAUCGAUGUAUUGCAUGAUGCAGUGGUCUGUUGGCGAAUGCUCAAUGUACAUGGCGUUAUGGUGUUCGAUGACUUUCGCUGGAAAGGAUAUAUGGAAGAUUGCUACAACCCACACGUUGCUAUCCUUGGCUUCCUUCGUUGCGCCGCGCCAGAAAUCGAGACCAGAGAGACAGAAUCUCAGAUGUGGGUGACCAAAGUACCGAACAGAAUACCUGCGACUCCGAAUCCGGAUCCUGCUUUGUACUAUUGGGAAAAGGACAAGAACUCAGCGUUAGAGUAA